UUCUCCGAUAGUAAUUGGCUGUCCCACGUGACGUCAUUCCGAUGCCCGUCUGUUAUUGGCCACUCCCGCUGUCAUUCAUACGUUUACAUGCCGCGCCUCCUCAGAGUGGGUCGGUCUUUGGCCUGGCUCCUGGCACGCGUGAAGCUCCGGGUCGGUGUUACUUUGCCUGUUAGUUAACUCACUAGUUAGUAUAAACCGGGUGAAGAUGACGGAAGAGGAUCCGGGUUCUCACGUGGAGCUGCACGACGGCGAGGAGAUUGUGGAGGUGAUCGAGCUGAACGAAGGUGAAGGGGCGGCAGGUGACUGCGUUGAUGAGGUGGAGGAAGCAGAAGAUGAUGCCGGGUGGGAGACAGAGGACGAGGACAAUGAGAGCAUGGAGGUGGUCCAGGAUGACAGCGAUCUCACUUUCACCAGACACACGAAGGCUGUAUUCUGCUUGAGUUUGGACCCCAAGACCAACACGCUGGCCGUGUCUGGUGGCGAAGACGAUAUGGCCUACGUGUGGAGAGUGAGUGAUGGUGAAGUGCUGUUGGUGUGUACAGGCCACAAUGAUUCUGUCAUCUCCGCCUCCUUCAGUUACGAUUCGGCUCUGCUUGUAACGGGAGACAUGAGCGGCUUAAUCAAAGUCUGGAAAGUCGAAACCAAGGAGGAAAUUUGGUCAUUUGAAGUAGGCGACCUGCAGUGGGUUGCCUGGCAUCCCUGUGCCCAUGUGCUGCUGGCUGGCACGGAUGAGGGGAGCUGCUGGCUGUGGAAGAUUCCCAGUGGAGAAUGCAAAACCUUGCCCGGCACUGGCUGCCAAGCAACCUGCGGCAAGAUUCUUGCUGAUGGUAAACGAGCAGUUGUUGGUUAUGAAGAUGGAACGGUGAAGGUUUGGGAUUUGAAGCAAGGCACACCACUCCACGUUUUCAAAGGUCAGGACAGUCACCAGGGGCCUCUGACCUGCAUCGGUGCCAAUGACAGUGGGAGCCUAGUGUUGACAGGCUCUGUCGACUGUACCGCCAAACUCCUCAACCCCCUCACGGGAAAGGUGGUUGGUGUUUUUUCAGUUCCAAACAGCGCAAGUGAUCACGUAGAGAAAGAACAAAUGGAGGAAGCAGAAAGUAACUCCAAUUCUGUGGAGUCUGUGGGAUUCUGUAAUGUACUUCCAUUAAUCGCCGUUGGCUAUCUGGACGGUACCAUUGGGAUCUGGGAUGUUCCGUCACAGACACUUCGACACAAAUGGCAGCUUCAGGCCGGCAUUGUCCAGUUGCUGUGGGAGGAACACUCACCAAUUAUAUACACGGGAAGCCUCGACGGGGCUGUGCGCAUCUGGGACGCCCGAUCGGGAAGGAUGGAAAAUGAAUGCUGUGGGCACGCGGCAGAAAUCCUGGACUUUGUGGUGAACAAGGAGGCAUCAGUGGUUGUCAGCGCUUCAGGGGACCGGACAGCGAAAGUGUUUUACCUCCAGCGGCCGGAUCGGUAGAUGGGCUUCCUCGUCUUUAAGCUCCAUCUCAGAGUCGGCUGUUGCACACCUAACAGCCUGAGAUGUGACAAAGGGCACUAUCUUUUCUGACUGACUUUUAUAAAAGGAAAAAUAAAACCUCUCUGUGCUUUUUAUUUCCAAAAGGAAGAUGGCAUGACAGAAACCAGGUUUGGCGAGCAGCUGAGGGGUACUGGUGUGCAAGUUCGUUUUGUACCGUUGAGGCUGGAGUUCCCAACACUGCUCGAUGUAAAUGAGAGUUUGAAGGGACAAUUACUGCCGCUUAACUUGCAUUGUAGCUGACCAUGUUUGUUACAAAUCUACGUUUAUUACAAAUUAUAUUCUACAAUACUAUGCCAAACACAGAGAUAUUUAGAGUGACUAACACAAUCAUUAAUACAAACUUAAUGAAAAUAUUCCCCUUCCCCAUCAAGCAUUUAUCCCCUGCAGCACCCAUCAGUCCCGGAAUGCAUCAGUGCUACUGUGGACACUGUGUGAUCCCUCUCCAUGGUUACCUGGGCACAGACAUAUGCUUGUGCCAUUGCCAGCAGUCCUCCCGGGCAGAACCCUCUGCUACACACUUCCAGGACCCACCAAUAGGUAACCUUACUUGGACAUCUAGGCCCCCCUCCAUACUAGAUGACCGCAGGUGAAAUCCAACCAGAAGCCGAGUAGUGCACCCCCCCCCCCCCCGGGUAUGUGAAUAGGGGCUGCAACCCAAAUACUCCAUGUACAUGUGGUACAUGGUCUCUUCCAGCUGCAGCUGGGAGAUCCGUGUACAAACUAAUACAUUUGUUACAGGACAUCACUCUUUGCAGCAGCCUUUCACCCCAGGUCCCUGAUGUACAUGGGAAGGAGAAUCUCAUAAAGGGACUUCCACUGAGGAAUGUUUGAUAAGGCAGUGUGCAGUGAGCUUGGCUCUAUAUCUUACCUGUUCUGUUGGCAUGGGCUCGUUGGGCCACAAGGCCUGUUACCUUGCUGUGUCUCUAAAUAAAAUCAGUAUUUUAUGAGUGAUUUAGCCAAGUUAUAACGAGAUGCAUUUAUCUGUAAUAUUGUCAAGAAGAUUUUAUAUUUGCUUUGGUCAGUAAAGAUCCAGUGAUCUGUGAUUCAACCAUGUUGAAAUCCCGAAGAUUCAGCAGCUGACUUGUCAGGUGAUGCUUGCUACCCCCUCUAUUCACUCACCAGCCUCUCGACCAGUCCUCCUUUUAAACUUGCCUGGUUGUAAUUCAGCUUCAUAGAACUUCACAGCAAAGUAGAAUCUCUUCGACCCCACACUGUUGGGCUGAGUUUUUAACUUACUCUAAGAUUAAUCUAAUUCUUCCCCGUGUGUAGCUCUCUGUUUUUCUAUCAUCCAUAAGUCUAUCUAAGAAUCUCUUAAACGUUUCUAAUGUAUCUGCCUAUACCAUAACCCCUGGCAGAACGUUCCACGUACUGACAACUUUGUGCAAGAAAAACACUUACUUCUGAUAUCCCCUCCGUACUUUUCCUCCAUUCACCUUAAAAUUAUGCCCCCUUGUUAUUGGCUAUUUCUGUCCUGGGGGAAAAUGUCUCUGGCUGUCCACUUGAUCUGUGCCUCUUGUACAGAGAUUCAUCUUUUGUCACAUAUACAUUUAGACAUACUGUACAGUGAAACGUGUUUGCAUUGACAACCAACACACCCAGGGAUGUACUGGGGGCAGCCCGCAAAUG